UUUAGAGAAAAUCCAGGAAAGCCGUUCAUUCCCGGGAAAAUAUGAGAAAGGAAAGAGAAUCAAUCCAUAUCAGUCUGUGUUGGUCACUGGCUGACGAUCGCUCAGAGCCAAUAAAAUCUGGUGUUCGUCAACCCCAUGGCUAACCGUUCCUUACUCUCCUCCUGUUGCUCCAAUCUCCCGCCAUUGAAACUACCCAGUGCCACAACUAGUAGACUCACCCGCUCUUCUUUAUUUUGCUGCUCAUCUUCCAAACCCAAUAAUGGCAACAACCAAAACCCAAUUUCCUUUACUUGCUUACAUUUCAAGCCGAAGCGAAAGCUUCCCAUGUCGCACCAUCAGCACUCGCUCCUCGCCUCUGGAGAUCACAAGCUGAGGUUCAAUGUCGAGUGUUCUGCUGCUGGAGAGGAUACAGAUUCGCUUGUGGAUCAGGCGACUUCUGAAGAGUCUUUUUCAUGGACUUCUGUAAUCUUGCCGUUUGUUUUCCCAGCCUUGGGAGGUUUGCUAUUUGGAUAUGACAUUGGUGCUACUUCUGGUGCUACUAUAUCAUUGCAGUCACCUGAACUUAGUGGGACAACUUGGUUCAGUUUUUCAGCUGUGCAGCUUGGCCUUGUGGUCAGUGGUUCUCUUUAUGGAGCCCUUCUUGGCUCCCUCCUUGUUUAUCCGACUGCAGAUUUUCUGGGAAGGAGGAGGGAAUUGAUAAUAGCAGCAGGGCUAUAUCUGCUUGGAGGAUUCAUUACUGCUUCAGCUCCAGGCCUUGGUGUUCUUUUAGUAGGACGUCUCCUGUAUGGUCUGGGCAUUGGCAUGGCAAUGCAUGGUGCUCCACUCUAUAUAGCAGAAACAUGUCCAUCACAGAUUCGUGGAACUCUGAUCUCGCUGAAGGAACUCUUCAUAGUUCUGGGGAUUUUGCUGGGAUAUUUUGUGGGUAGCUUUCAAAUCAAUGCAGUUGGAGGUUGGCGUUACAUGUUUGGCCUAAGUGCCCCUGUAGCUUUGCUAAUGGGAAUCGGGAUGUGGAGUCUCCCAUCCUCUCCCCGCUGGUUGCUUCUGAGGGCAGUUCAGGGUAAAGCACCAUUACAGGAGUGCAAAGAGAAGGCCAUAUUAGCACUUAGCAAACUCAGGGGCCGCCCUUUAGGUGAUAAAUUUUCCGAAAAGGAAAUUGAAAGAAAUCUUAGCUCUCUGAAGUCGAGCUAUGCUGAUGAGGAAUCUGAGGGAAGUUUUCUAGAGGUGUUUCAAGGAUCAAGCUUGAAAGCCUUCAUUAUUGGUGGCGGGUUGGUGCUUUUUCAGCAGAUAACUGGGCAACCAAGUGUCCUCUAUUACGCAGGUUCAAUUCUCCAGACUGCUGGGUUUUCUGCCGCUGCUGAUGCAACACGAGUUUCUGUCGUCAUUGGUGUAUUCAAGUUUCUGAUGACAUCGGUCGCCGUCCUAAAAGUAGAUGAUCUUGGACGAAGACCCUUGCUGAUUGGAGGCGUUAGUGGAAUUGUUGUUUCCUUGCUUCUGCUGUCUGCUUAUUACAAAUUUCUGGGGGCGUUCCCCAUUGUAGCUGUUGCAGCUUUGCUUCUCUAUGUGGGUUGUUACCAGGCAAGAACGCUCUUCAUUGGAUGCUGUUCUAUGAUGUUUGCUCUUGCUUAGGGACGACCUGUCUGAUCCAACAUUUUCCUGAUCCACUCUUGUAAGGAUUGAAUGCUGACUCUGAAGGGCAUCUUUCUUCCACAACAUGCAGAUAUCAUUUGGGCCCAUUAGUUGGCUAAUGGUGUCAGAAAUUUUCCCUCUUCGCACCAGAGGAAAGGGAAUUAGUCUUGCAGUUCUGACAAACUUCGGCUCAAAUGCUCUCGUAACAUUUGCAUUCUCACCAUUGAAGGAGUUUCUCGGAGCUGAGAAUCUUUUCCUUGUUUUCGGGGCAAUAGCCGUUGUAGCACUCUUGUUCGCUAUAUUUGUCGUCCCAGAGACCAAAGGCCUGAGCUUGGAAGAAAUCGAGUCAAAAAUCUUGAAGUGAAAACCUCUGAAACUAUCUCCAAUCCAUAAAUAAGAGUCAGGCAGUGGCUUGUGUUGUUGUUUCGAUAUGGCUUUUGUAUUGAAUGUAAAACAAAAACUUCUGAUUCUAUGUCGUCAACAGAACAGAUGACUGUUUGUCAGAGAAGUGCUUUCUCUCUGUUUCCUUGUUACUGAAGUAACACCCAAAAGCUCACCACAGAAAAGAAGCAUUAUAGAACUGAACUAUGACCUCCACAGACUAUCAACUUCUGAAUUCAUGGUACACUAACGACCUGUUGUGAUGAUUGAAUCCUGACUGCAGAAGGAAUUGAUAGAAGACCUACUGUAGCUCCCAAAGUCGGCGAAGUAAAGGUCAGAUCUCUCACUGUAGCUCCAAAGUUGCUUACUCCAGCACUUUCCAGUGAUAUCUCGGGCAAUCUCGUGUCCCCGUCCAGGUGCCCUGCAACCUGGAUCCACAGCACUAAAAAUACCGUCUUGUUGUCAGCACUUUACAACCCAGUCCACCAGAAUCACCCCCUCGGUAACUGCUUCAGCCUAUACAGGCCGACGUCCACAGGCUACCUCCAACAUGAACACACCCAAAGGCGAAAACAAGGCGACAGUUUCUGCUACUGGAGUUGCCUUCAAGUCUGGUAAGCUCUGGAGCUCAAUAAUCCACAGUUCCUGCUACUUGUGUGGUUUUUUUCAGUUUGUGCCUUGUUCAUGCAACCUAGCCAGGCCAAAAUCUCCCACUCUUCCAUUGCGAUUGGCAUCUAAAAGAGAUUGCUAGAUUUUAUGUCACUUUAAAUCACAACUUGUUCUAGCUCCUAGUGGAGAUACAGAAGUGCAGAUGCCGCUACUCGUAUGAUCCUCUGCCUCUGAGGCUAAUUCAAAGUAGGCUUCUUUUCAGCAUCCUUGUACAAAAACUGAUCAAGGCUUCCAUUAGGCAUUUAGUCAUAGACCAAGAGCAGUAUAGUUACAGCACAAGUUUCACCGUACAGUUCGUGGAGGUCUUCGUCUAUUUGCUUGAUGUGAAUCUCUGUAUUUAAAAAGAAAUCAAGAAGAAAAUUAUGCCGGCCGGCGGCCGCUGCAAUUCGUUCUUUUCCACAGAAGGCAGAUGAAUGACGACAAACUAGCUCACCAAUUGGGCAUAAAAUAAGUCUCAUUCAUUGAUUGAUCAAGGAAGGAGGAUUCCGUCAUACCGAAUAGUUGAUUCUUUCACGGCCGGCUUCUGUACAUUAUAACACCCUCCCAAAGCUCUCACUCAAAUCCAUCCUCCCCCAUUUCACAACAAUGGCCGACGAAAGUUUCCAGUUCUACGCCGGCUUAAUCUCCCUGCUAUGCAUCACUGUCAUCCUCAAAAACCUCUUCGGCAAAACCCGACCCGACCCGGACCGACUCCCGCCCGCCCCCUUCGCCCUACCCAUCAUCGGCCACCUCCACCUCCUAGCUCCAAUCCCUCACCAAGCACUCCACAAGCUCGCCGUCCGUCAUGGGCCGCUCUUCCGCCUCUCCCUCGGCUCAGUCCCCUGCGUCGUCGCUUCAUCGCCGGCGACCGCCAGGGAAUUCCUGAAAACCUACGAGUCCCUCUUCUCCGACCGCCCCAUACCCGCCGCCGUUGACUACCUCACCUACGGCUCAGCCGACUUCUCCUUCGCCCCCUACGGACCCUACUGGAAGUUCAUGAAGAAGCUGUGCAUGUCGGAGCUGCUCGGCGGCCGGAUCCUGGACCGGAUGCUCCCGCUGCGGCGGGAAGAGAUCGGGCGGUUUCUGCAGGGGACGAAGAACAGAGCAGAGGCAGGGGAGGCGAUGGACGUCGGAGGGGAGCUGAUUCGGGUGGCGAACAACGUGAUCUCUGUGAUGAUGAUGCGGGAGAGGUGCUCCGGCGGGGCGGAGGAGGCGGAUCAGGUGAGGAAGCUGGUGGAGGAGACGGCGGAGCUUACCGGGAAGUUUAACUUGUCGGAUUACAUUUGGUUCUGCAAGAGAUUGGACCUGCAGGGGUUUGGGAAGCGGCUGAAGGAUUUGAGGAGCAGGUUUGAUUCGAUGAUGGAGAGGAUCAUUGAGGAGCACGUGGAGGCAAGGAAGAAGAACAUCAAUGGGGAUGACGAGGUGAAAGAUCUUCUUGAUGUCUUGCUCGACAUAAAGGAAGAUGAAGAUUCUGAAAUCAAACUCACUCGAGAAAACAUCAAAGCCUUCAUCUUGGAUAUAUUUGCGGCGGGAACGGACACGUCAGCGAUCACUACAGAGUGGGCAUUGGCGGAGCUGAUAAACCACCCUGAGAUCCUGAACAGAGCAAGGGAAGAGAUUGAUACGGUGGUGGGGAAAUCCAGAUUGGUCAAGGAGUCGGACAUUCCGAACCUUCCUUACCUCCAAGCCAUAGUGAAGGAGACGUUGCGGCUCCAUCCGACAGGGCCGCUGAUUGUGAGAGAGUCGAGCGAGAACUGUGAGAUUCAAGGCUAUAAGAUUCCGGCGAGGACCAGACUGUUUGUGAACGUCUGGGCCCUUGGCAGGGACCCGAGCCAUUGGGACGAACCGCUCGAGUUCAAGCCCGAGCGGUUCAUCGAUGGGGCGGGGAAGAGCCAGAUGGACGUGAGGGGGCAGCAUUUUGAGUUUUUACCGUUUGGAAGUGGGAGGAGAGGGUGUCCUGGGACGACGCUGGCUCUGCAUAUGGUGCACACUAGCCUGGCUGUCAUGGUUCAGUGUUUUGAGUGGAAGGUUCAUGAAUCGACGAAGAGGAGUGAUGGGGGUAAUGUCGAUAUGGAAGAAGGAGUUGGGCUUACCCUUCCGAGGGCUCAUCCUUUGAUAUGUGUUCCUGUGCCUAGACUCCAUCCCUUUCCGACUAUUGGAUUGGAUGACUAACUAAAGACUUGGGCACGAAAUAGUUGUUUGAAUUAUGAAAGUUUAGUUUAACUCGACUGUAUUUUUAUAGAAUGUCAUUUUUAAAAAUCACACUAUAAAAAAAAUUUCUCUUAAAAAUCAC